AUGUGCCUUUCACAAUAAAAUCCAAAAAGAAAACACAGCUAAAAUUACCCACUCACUCCUUAGUCAAACUAAGGGACCCAUCCAUAUGUACAUCAGAGCUCGAACAAGGCGAGUCAGAGACGACGAUGCUUAGCGCUUCUCUCUCAGUUGCCUUCUAACAUCAUCUGGUGGUUUAUGGAAAGUCAGAUUUCUGGGAGGAGUUGACCCUAAACAUUUCCAAACUCGGAUAUUCUCUUUAGGGCGGGGGAGGGUUGUCCACAAGUGGUAUUUAUUGUGUCGGUCAUAUUGUGUGGUUUCAUCUUUUAAGAAUCGAUUUGAGGGUGUCGUUGGGUGUUUUUUGGGGUUGAAACUGGAGGCCUUGAGGAUUGGGCAUCUCCCAUUUCUCCAUCCUUCCGAAAAAAUCAAGUUUUGCAACCUCAUCUUUGCCGGUAGUUGGGGGCAUAAAUUGGAGUGGUGGAAGUUUAGGGUAAGACCCAUUGCAUUGUGGAGAGAGCGAGAGCGGUAGAGAUGGCUUGCAUGAAGCUGGGAUCAAAAUCGGAUGCAUUCCAGAGAAAAGGGCAAGCAUGGUUCUGUACAAGCGGUCUCCCAAGUGAUAUUGUUGUUGAAGUUGGGGAAAUGUCCUUCCAUCUCCACAAGUUCCCGUUGCUUUCAAGAAGUGGAUUUAUGGAAAGACUUAUUGCAGAAGCGCCUACAGAAGGAGAGAACAGUCAUUGUACCAUCACACUCCAUGAUGUUCCCGGCAGGGCUAGAACAUUUGAACUAGUAGCUAAAUUCUGUUAUGGGAUGAAGCUUGAACUUACUGCAGCAAACGUUGUACCCCUCCGGUGUGCUGCUGAACAUCUUGUGAUGAGUGAGGAGUAUGGGGAGGGGAAUCUUAUCUCGACCACAGAAUCUUUUCUAAACCAAGUUGUCAUCCGAAGCUGGAAAGACUCUUUAAAAGCUCUCCAAUCAUGCGAUGACGUUCUUGCUCAUGCUGAACGGCUCAAUAUUCCAAAAAGGUGCAUCGACUCGUUGGCUGCAAAGGCGUGUACUGAUCCAAAUCUAUUUGGGUGGCCCGUAAUGGAGCACGGCGGGCCCAUGCAGAGUCCAGGUGGGAGUGUGUUGUGGAAUGGGAUAAGCACUGGCGCGAGGCCCAAAAGCUGUAGCCCGGAUUGGUGGUACGAGGAUGCAUCAACGUUAAGCUUACCAAUUUACAAGCGUCUGGUUUCGGCUAUGGACUCUCGGGGAAUCAACCAGGAGAUAGUCGCCGGUUCCCUUUCUUAUUAUGCAAGAAAGCACUUACCCGGGCUAAACAGGCAUCAAACCACUGUUGGUAUGGGACCCACACUAUCUGAAGAUGAGCAGAAGGUUUUGCUGGAAGAGAUAGAUAGCUUGCUUCCUAUGCAGAAAGGCUUAGUCCCGCCCAAAUUCCUCUUCGGGCUGCUUAAGACCGCUAUGAUUCUUAGAGCAAACCCCACUUGCAUUUCAAACUUGGAGAAAAGGGUAGGGAUGGAACUUGACCAGGCUGCUCUUGAGGAUCUUUUGAUGCCCAAUUUCUCUCAUUCCAUGGAAACUCUUUACAAUGUUGACUGUGUGCAGCAGGUUCUUGAGCAUUUUUUGGCAAUGGAUCGGGUGGGUGGCGGUGAAUCACCAACCUGUUCAAUUGACGAUGGACAGCUGAUGGGGUCACCUUCACUUACGCCGAUCACUAUGGUUGCCAAGCUUGUUGAUGGGUAUCUUGCUGAGGUUGCCCCAGAUGUUAAUUUGAAGCUUCCCAAGUUUCAGUCCCUUGCUGCUGCUGUUCCAGAGUACGCAAGGCCAUUGGAUGAUGGGCUUUAUCGCGCCAUUGACAUUUAUCUGAAGUCACACCCGUGGUUGCCAGAAUCGGAUAGGGAAGAACUCUGCAGGGUGAUGGACUGCCAGAAGCUGUCCUUGGAAGCUUGCACACAUGCUGCACAGAAUGAGAGGCUGCCUUUAAGGAUCAUAGUCCAAGUCCUCUUCUUUGAGCAGCUACAGUUAAGGACAUCAAUUGCUGGCUGCUUCCUAGUGUCAGAGAAUCUUGACGGCUCGAGACAAUUGAGAGGCGGGGGAGGAGGUAUGGUCGGACCACCAACCGGCGGGGGAUGGGAAACUGCUGUGAGGGAAAACCAGGUGCUGAAAGUGGGAAUGGAUAGCAUGAGGCUUCGAGUGUCUGAGUUGGAGAAAGAGUGCUCGAACAUGAGGCGGGAGAUUGAGAAGCUGGGUCGCACGAAGGCAGUGGGGACUACUAGCAGCACUUGGGGCAAUGUCUCCAAGAAGUUUGGCCUUAAAUUGAAGUCUCAGAUGUGCAGUGCUCAGGAGAAGUCUGUUAGCGACAACCACAAUAACACAAACGCUCUCAAGGCAGAGAUUGCUAAGGGGAAACACGGGAAGCACCAGAAAAAUGUGCUUAUAAAUUCCCUCCAAGAUUAGAAAUCUGUUUUUCUUUCCUUCCUCUCCCUCGUGUGUUUUGCUGUGUAAUUUGGAAAUCCUCAGUUCAGGAUUGUUGUAUUUUAUGCCAAAAGUCAGAAACUUCCACAACCCUGUCACCAUCUGUAAUUGCAUUUCAUCUGGUUGUUUUAAGCACGUGAACACAUCAAAACAUAUUGUUACAUCUCCAGGAAAGGAGCGGAACCUGGAAAGGGAUCUUCGCUCCUCAAAAGAAGUUCCCAUUUUGUACAUUGCGAAUGUUCAUGUAAAAGUCUAUUCACAUUUUUUUCAUUUUUCG